CUGCGUUAUGAGAUCAUCGGGUUGUCUAGCAGCUAGUCCAGCUUUCCAGAGUCUCCACAUACAAAGGUGAUGGUGCUCUGUGAUGUUGCCCGAUGUCUGCAGUGGCAUCGAAGAAAGCAAUGAAUUGAAACAUGAAUGACCAAGAGCUGCACUUAGUUGUACAGAGUGAACAUGCAUUAUGCAACAUCAUCUGACGCAAGCUGACAAGAUAGAUAACUGAUGACAAGGAGGACUACAGAGUGGUCAGAUUACUUACAUGAGUAAGCUAUCAGAAGAAAGUUAAGGAGACGAGUACUUCUGAGUUCUGGUUUGAAGGAAUAAUAAAUAGAUUGACCAGAUUACCUGCAAGAGGGAGGGAGACAAAUACUUUCGAACCAAAAUUGCAGCUCGUGUCCAAGCACAGGGAAGACAGCUUCUACCUUCUACAUACCCUUCUAUGAAUCUACAUGAUUGGUGUCCACCUCUCAAGGUUACAACUACCCAUUCAAACGAAUUUCAAUGUAAAGAAAAGUGAAGAUCUCCAUCACUAAAAAUCAAGAAUUUUCCAACUUUACGAUCUCAGUUUGAACAUCCAAGUAUGCAUGGGUGAAAUUCUUCUAUGUCCCACUUUCGAGCAGAUAUUUGAUUUGGCUGGCCACAGGAGCAAUAGACUGAAAAAAGAGAGCGGUUUAGUAGGAUUAAGGUUUGCUCAUAUAGAACUUCAGCAAAAGUAAAGAUAGUUCGUGUCUGAGAUUCAAUUAGUAUGACUAAAAACACGAUUGCGUAAAAAAAUGAUGAUCAUAAACACGUCAAAAAAUCGUUGCCAUGCCAUUUUGAUUAUAAAAUGGUGAUGCAUCUCACACCGUAGGUAGCUCAAUCUGAAAGGAAAAAUGGGGGAUAAACGGUUGAACCAAUCGCAACACCCAUGAUCCUUGUCCAGUGGAUCUUGUCUUCCGUCGCCUAAACAUGCCAGCUCCAAAGUAUAAUGAUUCAAUUAGUGAUUAGCAACACUUCCCACCAAAGAACAAACCUGAUUCAAUUAGUGAAUAGCAGUAGCCAGAAUGGCACUCUCACAGCUAGAUGCUGCGUUAGCAAUCCAUUAAAUAAUGGCUUGAGCAUGCAACACCACUGGACCAUAACCACACUGCUGGUGCCUGCUGACGAUAAUAUGCUGCCUCGUCUCGAGGACAGCGGACACUCUAAAAUAUGCACUAAACAUCAGACGACUUUGCUUGUGCCAGAUCUCGAUCCAUAGCAGACAGCAUCUUGGAAAUGAAAUGGCAUGAUUCUUCAUGCCUAACAAUCGAACACUCUGGCUUGUAUGCCUCUUUGGUAUAAAUAGGCAUCAGAAGAACGGUAGACACAUCAAACCAAAAGUCGCUCUUCUAUUCUCCUCUCUUCAACCACAAUACAGAGAAAAACUUCAAGAUCAGAAAUGGCUUUCCACCUGAGAUCGAUAAGUUUGCCAUCAAGGCCUCAGGCCAACCAGACUGAAGUCGAGCAAGAGGUGCUGAGCCUAGAGGCGAGCAUCUCUUCCUCCACCACCACCAUCGGCACCAUGUGUGCCGGUCUGAGGAGGCUCGGAGACAUCUACAAUGGUGUUGAAGAGAUUAUUGGCCUGCCAAGCAACCAGGCUGGCAAGAUGUUGGAUUCAGAGAUGGAAGUCUCUCUCGAGCUGCUAGAUCUCUGCAGCACCAUGCAAGAGAUCUUCGUCAAGAUGAAGGCCAUCAUCCAAGAGCUACAAGUGGCUCUAAGAAAAGGAGAUGAUGUAACUGCUCAAGCCAAGAUCCAGUCUUAUGCCCGUUUGGUGAAGACGGCCAAGAAACAUUUCAAGAAGAGCGCGAAGAAGGCUAAUGCUGUGUCUGCGGGUUGCAAGAUGGUCAUGCUAUUGACCAAGGCUAGAGAGAUUUCUGUGUCUCUGCUGGAGUCCACAGUCCAUCUCCUGUCAAAGGAAAUCGGAAUGCCAAAACAGUCUCUUGUCUCAAAGGCAUUUCACAAGAAGAAGGCAGUUGUCUGCCAGGAGGAGCAAUUGCAGGAGUUAGAGUGUAGUAUUGGAGAUCUCGAGAAUGGGGUGGGACAUCUGUUCAGGAAAUUAGUCCAGAUCAGAGUUUCUCUCUUGAACAUUCUUAGCUCAUAGAUGCUCCAAGUCACUCUACACCCUGUGAUUGGCAUCCGCCUUUUUGAGGACUAGCCGGUCUUCAUACAAUUUUGCCAUAUGUAUACAGUACAAAUGUACAGAAACUUAGAGAAAGAAAAAGUGAAGUUUUGAUCUA